GGCAAGAGUCAAAUUCUCUGUAAUUGUAUCUGCCUGAAAUCAUCAAUAAACACAUCUAGCCGCCGUGGAAGUUUACUCACGGGGUGUUACCACGUUAUUUCACGUGUUUCACUUUCUCUCUACUUUUACUCUCUCGUUUUUUCUUCACCUUCUUCAUCGGAUUUCUGUGAGUGUUCUUGAUUUGAUCCUAACAACUGGCCCUAUCAAAUAUGUACGAAAAACCAUCUGCGAUGAACAAGGUAUAUUUGAUGCGUAGAUUGUUCAAUUUACAGAUGCCUGAAAGUGGAUCAGUGGCUAAUCAUAUAAAUGAUUUUAAUAUGAUUGUGAGUCAACUGUGUUCUGUGGAAAUAAAUUUUGAGGAUGAAAUUAAGGCGUUGAUUUUGCUGUCAUCUAUGCCCGAGUCUUGGGAUACUGUUGUUGCUGCAAUUAGUAGUUCUCGUGGGUCUGAGAAGCUGAGGUUCGAUGAAAUCCGUGAUGUUGUUCUUAGCGAAAGUAUUCGCAAGAGAGAAAUGGGUGAUUCAUCGGGUAGUGCUCUCAGCGUUGACCGAAAGGGUAGAAGCAAGUUCAAGGGCCAACAUCAACAUGGCCGAUCAAAAUCAAAGAAUCGAGGCAAGUCUCCGAAUAGAUCCAAUAUAACUUGUUGGAAUUGUGGAGACAAAGGGCACUUUAAGGCGGAUUGUAAGAAGCCAAAGAAGAAGCAGAAUCUGAAAUCUGGAGAUGACGGUGAUUCUGUAAAUUCUGCAGAGGAUAUUGGGGAUGCUCUAAUCCUCAGUGUGGACAGCCCAGUUGAAUCCUGGAUUUUGGAUUCUGGUGCAUCCUUCCAUUCGUCACCAAGCAAGGAGUUGUUCCAAAAUUUCAAAUCUGGAAAUUUUGGGAAGGUGUACCUUGCUGAUAACAAAGCCUUGGUGAUUGAAGGGAAGGGGGAUGUCUCCAUAAAAACACCAACGGGAAAUCAAUGGACAUUGAAAGAUGUCAGAUAUAUUCCUGGUCUCAAGAAGAAUCUGAUCUCUAUUGGUCAGUUGGAUAACACGGGCUAUGCAGCAAAGUUUGGGAAAGGUUCUUGGAAGAUUGUGAAAGGUGCUAUGGCUGUAGCACGAGGCACAAAAUUUGGAACUUUGUACACCACUGCAGGGUGUAUUAACAUGGCUGCUGAUGCUGAUGGUGUUUCCAUUUCAAGUCUGUGGCAUGUAAGUAGAGGUUGUAAUGCCUAUAUAUAUUCUCCUUUGUAGCUAAUUUUUUAGAGAGAGGCAAGAGUCAAAUUCUCUGUAAUUGUAUCUGCCUGAAAUCAUCAAUAAACACAUCUAGCCGCCGUGGAAGUUUACUCACGGGGUGUUACCACGUUAUUUCACGUGUUUCACUUUCUCUCUACUUUUACUCUCUCAUUUUUUCUUCACCUUCUUCAUCGGAUUUCUGUGAGUGUUCUUGAUUUGAUCCUAACAGAGGGUACUAAUAAAAGAGUCUCCGCCAU